AUGAAGAUAAAGAACAAAGGUAAAGUUUACCCUUCUCCAUCAUCAUCAUCAUCGUCGUCGUCAUCAUCUUCUUCUGCUGUUGGUGAUAAUAGAGAUAUAGAUGUUCUUUCUGUGUUAACGCUGUUACCUGUUGCCAUUCUUGCUUUAGCUUCUGUUCUUUCACUUGAAGACCGUGAAGUUCUUGCUUAUAUGAUUACUAGGUGGGAUUCUUCUCCUAACCGUGAACUCAUUCAUCAAGCUAUUGAAGCCUUCGAAGAACACUUGAACAAUGGCGAAAUGCCAAGGAAAAAUACCAGAGGUAAGAGAAGAGACAAGUCGGGUCGUCGGGUCGGUGAAAAGUCGGUUCUUGAUGUUCCGGGUCAACCCGAAAUGUUACCGGUUCUGGAAACCAUUGAUGCGACCACACACGAAUCCUCCCCUUCUUGUUCUGGUGCUGAUAUUAUUAAUGUCAAUGUUGGUUGUCCGGAUAAUGGCUUAUCCCCUGAGAAAGUGGAUGAGAGGGAGGAAAUGGAGGAGGCGGUUAAGCUUUAUGAUGAAGUGCCUGAGGAGGUGCUGGCCGCGGAAAAGGCGGUGGCGGUUCCUGGGGUGGCGGUGGGUAGUCACCACAAGGGUUUGGCAAGGAAGGUAUUGCCGGAUGUGUUAGGGUUACUAAAUUCUCGUUUAUGGAGUCUUUGGAGUCCAAAUGUGUAA